AUGACACUCUUACACACACUGCUCAGGGCAACAGCCUUCAAGAACCCAUUGCUACGCACACUUGUCCCCACCGUAGCCCUUGCAUACGGCAUCCAAGCCGCCGUAGCAAUCCCCUCCAUCGCCGCCCAAACAGAGCGCUACUACGACCUCAGCGGCAGCCUGACUUACCUUUCCUGCACAGCCCUCAGCCUUACACUCCCUUACCUGCGCGCCCGAGCAGCAGGAACAGCAACAAAUGGCCUCGUCGACUACUUUGGCAACCAAGGUCUCGGUCAGGCAACAACGUGGUGGUGGAGACAAGCGCUGCUGAGCGCAGCGGUGGGCCUGUGGGCUACAAGGUUGGGAUCAUACCUCUUCCGCCGCAUCUCCAGCGACGACGGCAAAGACUCGCGCUUCGACUCCAUCCGCUCUUCGCCCCCAAAAUUCCUCGUUGCGUUUUUCGCACAAGCAGCAUGGGUCUCACUGUGUACACUUCCCGUCAUACUCGUCAACUCUGUACCGCGCUCCGCCUACGCUUCUUCCUUACUCGGUCAAGCCGUCUCUUCAAAACCCUACCUAACAGAUAUCCUGGGUCUAGCGAUUUUCGUCUUCGGACUAGGAUUCGAGGUUGUGGCUGAUCGGCAAAAGGAUGCGUGGGUGCAGGCGAAGAAGGCGAAGAAGCAUGAAGAGCAGUUUUUGACACAUGGCCUUUGGUCCAUGUCUCGCCAUCCGAAUUAUUUCGGUGAGGCGACGUUGUGGUCGGGCAUUGCGGUUGCGGCGGCCGGGUUGCUGGUGAGGCAGCCGGCGCAGACAGCAUUGGGACUUAGUGGUGGGUUGAGUGGCAAGAUGUUGGUGACGGGUAUGUGUGCGGCGAGUCCGGCUUUUGUGAGUUUUUUGCUGCUGAAGAUUAGUGGGGUGCCGUUGAGUGAGGAGAAGUAUGAUAAGAAGUAUGGCGGUGAUGAGGAGUAUCAACGGUGGAAGAGAGAGACGCCCAUGUUUUUCCCCAAGCUUUGGUAA